AUGCUGGCCUCUUCCCGUGACGCGGGUCUCUUGAUGCAUUUGCGUCAGUCAAGCACAAACGUAAGCCUCGUUAUUCAACCGAAAAAAACGAUACUUGUGGAUGAUAGGCAACUCUUCAUUGGAAUGGCGCACACCGACCUGAAUGCUCUCAGAAAAAAUGACAUCCGUCAUUCAGAGGCGGAAGGUCGCAGGCGGGCGAGGCCGCAAAGCAACAAAGUAAACGCCGAGUGGAGUCCUGGAUGCUUACUUCACUGUGAGUAUGCGAACGGAUACGGCGCUCCGAAUGUCGAAAACGAUGACAUCUGUCACGUGCCCCACGGGAUGGACACAGCACCGGGGACGGCUCGCGAAUUAGCUUACGCAGGGAGAGGAAGCAUCGCCUCUUUCUUCACCCGCUUUUCUCUGUGA